AAGCCUCUACCGGGAACCACCUUCUGUAGGACAGUCACCAGGCCAGAUCCAGAAGCCUCUCUAAGCUCCAGCUUUCUCUGUGGAAGAUGACAGCAAUUAUAGCAGGACCCUGCCAGGCUGUUGAAAAGAUUCCACAAUAAAACUUUGCCAGUGGGAAGUACCUAGUGAAACGGCCUAAAAUGCCACUUCUUCUCAUGUCCCAGGCUUGAGGCCCUGUGGUCCCCAUCCUUGGGAGAAGUCAGCUCCAGCACCAUGAAGCGCAUCCUCGUUGCUGGUAUCACUGCAGUGCUUGUUGCAGCUGUAGAAUCUCUGAGCUGCGUGCAGUGUAAUUCAUGGGAAAAAUCCUGUGUCAACAGCAUUGCCUCUGAAUGUCCCUCACAUGCCAACACCAGUUGUAUCAACUCCUCAGCCAGCUCCUCUCUAGAGACACCAGUCAGAUUAUACCAGAAUAUGUUCUGCUCAGCGGAGAACUGCAGUGAGGAGACACACAUUACAGCCUUCACUGUCCAUGUGUCUGCUGAAGAACACUUUCAUUUUGUAAGCCAGUGCUGCCAAGGAAAGGAAUGCAGCAACACCAGCGAUGCCCUGGACCCUCCCCUGAAGAACGUGUCCAGCAAUGCAGAGUGCCCUGCUUGUUAUGAAUCUAAUGGAACUUCCUGUCGUGGGAAGCCCUGGAAAUGCUAUGAAGAAGAACAGUGUGUCUUUCUAGUUGCAGAACUUAAGAAUGACAUUGAGUCUAAGAGUCUCGUGCUGAAAGGCUGUUCCAACGUCAGUAAUGCCACCUGUCAGUUCCUGUCUGGUGAAAACAAGACUCUUGGAGGAGUCAUGUUUCGAAAGUUUGAGUGUGCAAAUGUAAACAGCUUAACCCCCACGUCUGCACCGACCACUUCCCACAACGUGGGCUCCAAAGCUUCCCUCUACCUCUUGGCCCUUGCCAGCCUCCUUCUGCUGGGACUGCUGCCCUGAGGUCCUGGGGCUGCACUUUGCCCAGCACCCCAUUUCUGCUUCUCUGAGGUCCAGAGCACCCCUGCGGUGCUGACACCCUCUUUCCCUGCUCUGCCCCGUUUAACUGCCCAGUAAGUGGGAGUCACAGGUCUCCAGGUAAUGCCGACAGCUGCCUUGUUCUCCACUAUUAAAGCGCUGGUUCAUUCACUGCCCAAAUCUGUCCUGAUGCAUUCUGGGCUGGGCUUCAUUUGAGCUGCUAUCCAGCAUCACCUCCCACUUCUGGGCUGCAGGUGGGGUCCUUGCUUUUGAAACCUGUGCACGUUUGUUUCUGGGAUCUGAGGACAUCCCUGCUCAUCUUGCUUCUAGGAAGCUGACCCCUUGACCUUGCAGCCCUGCACCUCUGGGGACGGACAUGCCACCGUCAACACUGUCACACACAAGGAGCUCCCCCGCCUACUUUAUAAGGCCUGUGUUGACCCCUGUACCAACACAUAAGCUCCUUCAGUAUUGGCCAAUAUAUGGCUCUUCAACAGUUGUCCUGAUUGUGGUCAGAAGUCCACAGCGAGUGAAGAAAACAGCAUCAUCUCAGGGUCCUAUCACGAUGGGGGCCCAAAGAGGGUUGGAGGGGCUGCUGAAGACCAGCAUGCUCCUACUGUCUAGCCUUUCCAGGCAGGGACAUGAGUAAGUCACUGGGCAACCUGCAAUGCCAGGCUCCAUUCCCGGCUGAGGAAGUUUUCUGCAGCCUUGUGCAGAAUGGAAUGUGGCUACAGAGCACCAGUCCAGCCCCUCAGAGAGCUUAUAAUCAAACACAGAGUAAAUAACUCUGUAUCAAAUGCCAAGGGAGCAAGAAAACCAUUCAAUAGAAUAUGCCCAGAGGUCCAGGUCUAGUAAAUAAGGAGGGCCUUGAGCUGAACUUGGAAAAAUGGGGUUUGCUGUAAUAAAUACUUUUUUGUAAAC